AUGCCCGCAUACCACUCCAUCUUCCUUGAGGACCGGGAUGUCCCCGUAAUAGGCAACUUCCCAGUCCUACCCCUCCGCACCCGCACACGCGGCCCCGCAUAUACCCUCCCCAGCCUACCCGCCGGCGCAGAUGUCGACGUACAACCAGAUAGCGAGUCGUACGACUGCGUCGACGAAAUUCUAUCGCUCUUCCGCGCGAAUGUCCUCUUCCGCAACUUUGAGAUCAACGGGCCCGCUGACCGCAUGCUUAUCUAUGGGACGCUGUUUAUCACUGAGUGCCUGGGAAAGGUUAAGCCUGCUAUGACAGUUAGGGAGGCUGAGAAGGCUCUAACCAACGUUGCGCUCGAUAACUUCGCUAUCCCCGGCGAUGUGUCGUUCCCACUAAACCAGGCCUUCGAGCCCCCACGGGAUCGCCAGGACGCUGAGACGCUUAGAUCAUACCUCUCCCAGGUGCGACAGGAGAUUGCGAUUCGGUUGCUUGCGAGAUUAUACCCCGGCGGCGUUGGUCCUUCAAAGUUCUGGCUCAGUUUCACGAAGAGAAAGUUCAUGGGAAAGAGCUUCUAG